CACAUUAUUAUAUUUCCCCCCAAACACUCUUUUUCCUCCUUUAUCAUGAACAACGGUAGAUUAGUAGCUCCUCAUCGUCGUCACGACUCUUUUUCGCCGCUGUCCACGUGGGUUUGCCAUCACAACCACGAUGAAGAGAGAAGCCGCAGCUUGUACGUGUGCAGCUUCUGCAGAAGAGAUUUCAGCUCCGCGCAGGCGCUUGGCGGCCACAUGAACGUGCACCGACGAGACCGGGCCACCUUGCUCCUCUCCUCAUCCAAUCAUAAACUCCCAUCACCACCACCACCUCCUCCUCCUUCCUCUUCUUCGCCAUCUUUGACUUUGACUAAUCACCAUCGUUAUCAAAAGCCUGCUCCAGCUACAGUUUCUUCUCCUUCUGAUCAGCUUCUGGGUUCUCCUCCUCGUAAACCUAUAUUUGUCUUCCCUUUCUCCAACAAUGGGGCCAAACCGACGCCAGCAGAGAAGGGUGGCGAUGGAGAGGAAAUGGUUAGCUUGGAGUUGGGAAUCGGGUGGAAACAAGAAGCUGCUGCUGCUGCUGCUAUUGCACUGCCAGCUUUGGAUUUGGAGCUUCGCCUACGCUGCUCCACCUAAAUAUAAACCAUUUACAGUAUUUAUUGCAUUUCUACUACGUACCGAGUUUCUUUUCUGUGUGUUUGCUAAGAUCUACUGAUCCUUUGUUUCGUAUUAGUUGUAUUAUUAAUUAAUUUGUUUUGUUCCUUCCCAAACGGUCGAGUUGCGGUGUGGUCGAUUGUCAAAAACAAUAUCUAGGAAGCUAUAUAACUGAAAUGUGAAAACCACAUAAUAUUAUAUUGUUUUGCAAAACACUCAACUGUGAGUUACAUUGAUGGCACUAUUAGUACUCAUUAGAUUGCUACAUAUAUCUGAUGAUAGAUAUGUCAGCUCUUUCUUUUUCUAUCUGCUCCAAUUCAGAUUUUUUUUUUAUUUCCUUUUUAUAGUUGGUUAUGUAUGAGAGUUAUUUUCUAAAUUUGUUUGUGGAUGUAAGGAAAAAGAAGUCAUCUAAAAUAUAUCUGUUGAAUGAAUGUGGAUUAAAUUG